AUGGCAUCACCGGAAUGUCUGUUUGAGAACGCACCCGCAGUAGCCAGCACGCUCGAGUGCCCGUCGUGUGGCCAGCAUGUCGCGACUAGCAGCAGCCAAGUAGGUGUUGGCUCGUCGUCAUCUUCGUCAGCGGCCGCUGCCGCGCCAGAGUCGCAUCAGAUCCUCACGCGCUACAUCAACGAGAGCGGCCUGCAGGAGGGCUACGACAUCUACUCUGACAUUGCCGAAGAGGCGUACUAUUCGACGUAUCCGCAGUUUCUGCGCGCGCGGCCGUUUCUGGCCAUGUGCAGCGAAGGCCAUGUGGAGGGCAUCAUCGAGCUGUGCCAAGAGGCCGACGUGGAGGAAGAAGAGGGCCAAGACGACGCGGACGAGGCCAACGAGAUGGAGGACGAUGCGCCUUCCGUUCCCGCGGUGCGUUCGGCCGCGCUGCUGCGGUACCAGGAUCCGCUCAACCAAAUGGCGACCGGUCUGCAUGUCGCCAUUGCAAACGACCAGAUCACAGUGGCCUACUUGCUGCUGUACCUGGCCUCGCAGCUGCCCGUCGACCAGUUCCCGCCCGAACUGCUGCAGUUUGCCGCGCAGAUUGGCCGUCCGGAGCAGGCCAUUCUCGAGAAUGUAGACAUCCGCUCGCUGCAGACGGCAGAGGGUGAGACGGCUGAGGUGCUUGCUCUCCGCAAGGGCGGCAUGUGGGCAGAGAUGGCGCAGCGAGGAGUGUUCUCGGUGUAA